GCCAAGAUGGCUGACAGAUGCUACACAGUCGACUGCCUGCCGGACCCCGCCAUGGAGGAGUUCCGCAAGCUGGUGCCCGUCCAUGGUACCCUGUUCAAUCGGGAUGCCCUUCUGGAGGUCAUCUACUCGCGCCAACACCGUCCGGAUGAUGACCUGUCUGUGCGCUACUACGCGCGGAUGCUGUUCCGCGAGAUCCAGCGAGACGUCGUGCUGCUGCCCAUGUUCCGGGAGUACAUGCAGCGGCCAGUGCAGCAUCUGAACGUGCCCGAAGCCUUCUAUCUGAUGAGCCUCUGGAUGGUUCCGGAGCAAACCGACAACCGAGAGUCCAAUCUCCAUACUUGCUACAGCAAGAUCGCCGACUUGGUGUUGGAUGAGCUGCGUGGACGGCUCCCCGAGCACCCGGCCGCCGCCUGGACUACGUGCAAGAAGAACCCGUUCGGACCCACGAUGUGGACGGAUGACCAGACGCUGAAGCUUCUGAACGCGAUGAACGUCGUGCUGUAUGACCAGCUGGCCCUGAUGAAGGAGGACGGACCGGAGGACGGAUCGGCUUCCAAACUGAGCACGCUGGAUAUGUACCUUCGUCGCCACCUCCACUCUGCCGGAUCCGGGACGCAGACUGUAAUGGGGACCGUCUACUCCUCUGUAGCCGGCAUGCUGGGCGUCAAUCUCCACAACGUGCAGUUACCGCACAGCUCGAUGAUCUGCUGGCACAAAGCGUAA